AGUCAUGGCAUCAAAAUGGUUCCGAUCUUAAGGAGGAUAGUUACUUCAUCAGAGGCGAGAGAAGCCAGAACAAGCACCGCCAUGCAACGUUUGCGAGUCGUACUGUUCAGUUUACGGUCUCUAACUUUCAGCAGUGAAACUUCUCGAGCGGUUGUACUUGACACCGUAUUCGAACCUGUUUUCUGGGUAAUUGAUCAUUUUGUUAGGAUCCUUGGACCGGUAAGUGAGUUCCCAUUAUAAAUAAUUCAUUCUAAAAAAGCAGGCAGUGACAUUGUGAUAAAAUCGUCAAAAUAAAUAUGCGUGUAGUGUGUUAUAAACAAUGCGCGUUUUUGUUUUAAGACUCCGCCAGGACAUGUAAAGUAUUAACCGGUAACUUUUCGCUGAGAGGAAGGUGGGGGGUGGAGGGUGGAGGGGAUAGGGAGGGGAGAUUGCCGGUCCCUUGGGGGAUUCAUAAAACAAACCCUCUCCAUAGCCCCUGGUGCUUUGGGCAAAUGAAUCCUGAUAAGAACUACCAUGUAUCCUUAUAUAGCUGGAAUUUUUUUCCCCAGCAGGACAUACUCUCAUUAGUUACUUUGAGGUCACAUGACAUUCUUACAAUGAAACUGUCUAGCAGGCAAUAAUUUUGCAAAAUUCAUGAUAUCAAAGGGUAAACAGCUGCAAAUAUCUGCUGCUCACUGAGUUUUUACCUUGAAUUCGUGAGUUUGUACAUGUAGAAGUUUUUCUCUGAAGGAUUUAUAAUGAAUCACUGAUCCCUUCUUAAGCUGGGAUUUGAGGUUAACAAAGUUAACUGUUUCACUCAGUCUGUGCUCUAAGCUCGACCUUUUUCAAGUUGCCUUUUGACAACCUAAAAUUAUAAAAUGGUUGCAAGGCUUACAGUAUCGGUCGCCAGAAAAAAGGGACAUUUUGGGCAACACUACAUGAAGGUUUGAAAGAAUCAAAAUGGCUGCCUAAAUGUCGCAAUCGAAUUUCAUUGGAGGUGCAUGCGACAUCUCAAGAGAUUCAGAGUGAAAUCCAGGCAAAUUAUAAAGAAAACAGAGCAUAAAUGAUACUAUUUUAAUAUGAAUGUCUAUCUCACUUUAACCUAAAAAGUCCAUAAACACUUUUAACUACUAGAAAAAUGCAUUUUGCAAAAUCUCGGGAAUUUCUUGGGAAUAGCUUGGCACAUGAUCACCGAACACAAGUUGCAAAAAUUGGUGACUUUCACUGCAAUUUUAGUCGCCAAAAGUUUUUUCUACUCGCCAUGGCAACCAAAAUGGUUGCGGCUUGGAGCAUUGUUACUAAUUACUACUUUUGCUGCAGUAUUUUUUUGGAUACCAUUUUACAACCCACUUCUACUAUAGAACCAGCUUUUGAGGACUUGUACCAUGUGGAUGAGUAAUUUAUGAAGUUUGGUAAAAUUAAAGAACAGCUCCCCCAAAAAUCCGUCCAUUUGUCAGAAGACUGUCAACAGACAGCUCACCAACUGUUGACUGACAGUUCACUGACAGAUGAACAACAGCUCUUGGACAGUGGGCGGACAGAUUAAAACUAACCCUAUUUUUUUUUAAAGAAAAAAGAAACUGAAACUAGAUCUUUUUAUUUUUUACCUACCGGUAGUUGGUUAGUAUGAACUCUCACGGUUACCGGUAUCUCAAAAUGGUGAAAAGUUUAUCACUAAUUAACAGCCCCCAACAGUUUAACAACAAUAAGUCAACUUUUGGUCGUCUGUUGGCUGACUGUCCGUUGUCAGUCAUCUACCAAAAGAUGGCCAACAGAUUUUUUGGGGAGCAAGCUGUCCUUCAAUUUUACCUGACGUUUGACCUUGUAAAGUAUGAUCCCGGAAAUGACUGAAAGCACCCACUUGUUACAUGUAUUUUCAUGUUGCAGGCUUUUGUGCUGCUGGUGAUAGGAUUAACAACAUCUGUAGUAGUUAUUUGGUAUUCAUUUGUGUUGCCUGCUAUUCUGCUCUACACCACACCAUGGAUUGUGCUUCACAUUGCAACAGCUCAUUGGCUACUCAUCAACAUUGUUUUCCAUUAUUUUAAAGCAGUCUUUACAUCACCAGGAAGAGCUCUCCAGGUAUGACCAUGCAAUUGUAGGCAACAAGAGGAGCCUGCAAUCCUAAUCUUCAGGUUGUUGUUACACAUGCAUCGCAUGUAUGUAGCCAGCAUUAAUUUGUUUGGACUUCCACUUAAAAUGAAUGGCAUGCACAGAACGCAAUUUGAUCGCUUGUGUUUGGACUUUCUAUCACUCAUAAUAUGAUCACGCAAGUUCAAGGAUCUUAAAAGGAUCCAUAUAAGGAUCUUUGAAAGAUCUUCAUUGCAGGCAAGUAUCUUUUAAAAGUCUUUGGCAUGAUCCUUCAAGGAUCCUGAAGGAAAUUGUGGGGAUCAUACAAGAAUCUGUCAAAGGUCUAUGUCUGGAUCUCCCAUAUGUGAACUUUAGGCUUUCUUUUCGCAACUGCAAAAGUUGCAUACCAUAUAACUGCAAUGAUCUUCUUUCAUAUAAUUCUUCACUCUGCAGUUCACAGAUAUGAUUUCAAUACAUUCAUAACUUCAUCAUCAUCCUUUCACAGGUUUAUAACAAACCAAUUCAACGACCUGCUCUCAGUUGGCUUGUUAGCUUAAUUGGUAGAGUGCUGCACCGGCAUCGCAGAGGUCAAGGGUUCAAAUCCCUUACAAGCCUGAAUUUUUUUCAGGUUUUCUUUUUGCAACUGCAAAAGUUAUGUUUAUAACUGUGAUGAUCUUCUUUCAUAUAAGGCUUCACUCCGUAGUACACAUAUAUGAUUUUCAUAUAAUCAUAACUUCAUCAUGAAUGAUUUAUCAUUACUUAUUUUUAAUGAGAUAUUUCCUUUCUUUCAGGAUUCAAAUUCAAAUUUAGAAAAUGUGAAAAGUGGCAAAUACUCUAUUUGUAAAAAAUGUAAGUAAGAAAUUAUGUACAUUUGUAUAUUGUGGUUCAAUGACUUUGGAACAAAGGCAACUAAAAUUUAAACUAAGGACAAACUAUAACAACAGCAAGAUAUGAAGCAAUACCUAAUUGUUCUGUUCCUGCAAACUAACUUCAUGAAGAACAGCUUCAGUUAUAGCAGAACAGUUCUCUGGAACAGCCUGCCCUGUGAUAAUAGAGAGGCUAAAUCUUUAAGUCUAUUUAAAUGAUUGGCUCAUCUGAAUUUCUGAUUUUUUAAGUACUGUGUACACAGUAUUCAUUAAAAACAGGUCUUAGUUAGGUUAGUUGUAGAUAGUUUUGCACAUUGUUUAGGGUAGUUAGGUUUAUUUAAAAUUUGUUAUACUCCUGAUGAAUUUUACUGUGUUUAAAUGAAGAAUUGUUCUAUUCUAUUCUAUACAGGGAAGGGGAGGGGGCAGUCAUUUAGACCCUGAGAUAAGAGCAGGGGGGCAGUCUCAAUUUUUUUGGCCCAUCAGGCCUCAGUUUGGUCUAAGAGUAAGAGGGGAGGGGGGGGCGGGGCCCGGGGCCCUCCCCUUGAUACGCCACUGUAUUUGGGUUGACUGUAGGAGAGGGCUAUGCUGUAAGUGUGGGUAAUUGCCUGUGAUAUCAUAGUGUAUAAUCAAAGUAAUUUUGACUGUAACUUAUUCCUUAUUUCAGGUAUUCAAAUUAAACCUCCAAGAUCCCACCAUUGUUCAAUAUGCAAAAGGUGAAUUUACUGCAUCAUUUCCUUUUUAUCUUUCAAUUUCUUCACAAAUAGUUGAAUUCUAAUGUUGAGGGCCUUUAUAGUAACUUACAGUGUACGAUAAUCCCCCCCCCCGUACUGAUGUUGAUGUCAAUGGAACUUCAAGUCAAAUUUGGAAAGGAAACAUACAUACCCUUAAAAAAAAAAAAAAAAUUAAACCCCUACAUAAGGAUUGGUUUUUGGGCAAAUUUCAGUCAUUUUAAAUUUUGUGCUUUUAAUUUUUUCAUGGUUGCUCUUGUGCUGUCAAUUUAGCUCUCUUCACUUUCCUCUAAACUGAUCAUGCUCAACAAUCAUGACAAAUGCAGUAAUAUUUAAUCAGAUAUAUAUUACUUUAUUAAAGGUGUGUUCUCAAGAUGGAUCAUCACUGUCGUAUCCUUUAUUGUGAAAUUUUUAUAAUAAAUAUAAAUGUCAUUUGAUGUGUGUCUGAUAAUUUAGAAUAAGUUGCUUCAAAAUCAAUUGACACUUCCGGUCAAGAUAAGUCCAGCACUAAAAACUACCAUUUACUUGACAUCAUAAAAAGUUGUAGUUUACAAGUUAAAUCCAGGUGAAAACAAUUUCAACCUACAGUCAACUACCUUUAUAGCGGACACUGUAGGGACCUCGAGUUAGUGUCUUCAUUAGCGAGAGUCCAUAAUAGCGGGAGUUUAUUUCAGUCAAACUUAACAUCUGUAAUUUAUUUUUGCCUUGGAUUUAGCUGCUGUCCAUAUUAUCGGGGUGUCUGUAAGGCGAGAGUUGCCUGUAUUUUGAUUCUCCACCUCCCUUGUCUCCUGCAGCAGGCCCUCAUAAACUUUAUACUUUACCAAUCAUAUGAUUGUUAAGUUCAGAAGAAAUCUAUGGUAAUAUCAGAAAGAUAAAAUACAUGUAUGUUACCAUUAUUUACUGCAAUAAUGGAUAUUAUAAUAUCCAUCAAAUGGGGAGCAAGAGUGGAAAAAGAUCUACAUGCAAAGGUGGAAAAAAUAUAAAAUAAUGUAAUCAAAAGUGUCCAUCUUAUACACUAGAAACUGUGAUGGGAAAGGUAUAUCUAGCGAUGUUAUAUUUGGCACUCAGGUAAAUUAUACAUGUGUACCUAUCUAAAACUUUAUAAUAUAUUUUUAUAAAGAAGUUAUGUAAAACCAAUACAAGUAACUGAUUAAAAGUAAAUAUGCACUCAGUCUCUUCUACUUACAUAUAGCUGCCACCCUCUUUUUUGCACCAGUUACCUGAAUCUUACUUGACAAAAUUGUUAAUAAAUCACUGAAAACUGGCCAUUUAAAUACGUUUUGGCUGUAGUUGCACUAAAUUAUUGAAAUUUCCUUGACACUUACUGGUAGCAUGGAUAAACAACUGUGUUGGUCAUUUUAAUCAUCAACAUUUUAUAUUAUUUUGUAUAUUUAUGUGUCUUGGAACCCUGUAUGUAACUGUUUCUGCUAGAAAUCUGUUCAUCAUGCACUUCUUCCAUGACUGGGUAAGUUUAAAACUUGCAUGGUGGGUUUUACGGUACAUUGUAUAUAACUUUUUAAUGAGGUGUCUGAGUUUUGCGAAAAAGUUGAAUCUCUCCUUAACCCUUCAAACCCUAAGAUCAAAAUUUGAAUUCUCAUUUGUUGCCCCCAUUUAUUUUCUACAGAAGUAGUGGGGAGAAGUUGAUAAAAUAUCAAGCAAAUUUAUCUUGUGUUGUGAUCAUGUCCGUAAUUCUCACGACCACUCUGUUUUACAAAGCUGUGAUAUUACAAGGAGAAAUUUGAUGCUGGUCACUCUUAGUGCUUAAAGGGUUAAUAGAAUAGCUAACACCACCAGGCUCCUCAUAUGUCUGAAACUACAGCAAUCUCUCCAGCUGGCUGAAAAUACUGACAAAAGUGUAGUGUUUUUGUACCUACAUUUUAAAAGAGUUUGACAAUUUCUUACCCACAGGAUGCCCAUGCUGCAGAAUUGGCUCCCUGUGACUCCUCAACCUACCCUGCCCUGAUCAAUGUUGUUCAUUGGAUACAAAAAUGAUCCAGCACGACUUAAACAUUGUUUUUGGUUGGGAAGGGGGAAGUAUUUGCAUUGUAUAAUCGGUGCUUUAAGAGCUGUAUUGUUAAAUUGAGGCAGGACAUACAGUACAACAUGCAUUUCUUAACAUUUUUGUCCAGGUUUUAGACUGCUGGUUUGUAAAAUAUUAAUUUGUUUUACAUUUAUUCUAAAUUUUCUUGUUUAUUGCUUUUCAGUCAAGGGCAAGCAUUAAUAAUGGGAAAAAUAAUUCAACUCUUUUACAUGUAUCUUCAAGAGUCAAGGUAAUGCCUAGGCCAAACAUCAAACUUUUCAUGAGACAAACCAAACUUAGUGAGUUAGGUUCAUGAAAAGUUUGACGUAUGGCUCAGUUAAGUUCGUCUGAUGAGUCUGGAUCGUCCAACACGUUAUCAUCUCCGGGACAAACAUCGAUCAUCACAUGUAUGCGACAAACUAAACUAAUAAAUUAAAAAUUUGCGUGAAGGUGUUUAUUUAGUCUCGUUCGGAAGAAAAAUUAUUACAGGUCUCAUUCAGUUGAUUGGUUUGAUGUGUCUGAAGUUUGAUGUCUGACCCAAAAGAUGAUCUUAACUUGAUUUAGGUCGACCCAAGGAGAGUUUAUUUUGUCUCAUGAAAAGAAGAUAAAGAUACAGUAAACAAAAGUACCAAUAAAUUUUCAUGCAGACAAAAGAACGUAAAAUAAUGAAAAAACCGUGGACAGAAAUUAUUUUAACUUAUAAUUCCUUGCGUUUUGAUCACGAGGUUGAAUUCUCUGCCCAGUAUUACAAAGACCAUGUGCAUCUUGAAUAGAGUGAUUAAAAAACAAGUACUGCGGAAUUCCUGAUGUUACUGACUUUUCCUUUCAGCCAGCUGGUUCUUAUCGCGAUAAGGAAGAAAGUGCUUCAAAGUCGGAACAUCGAUGCAUCCUCUUUGUUUUCAUGUUGUGCUCUAGUGUCACAUUAGCUCUUGGAAUUCUAACUGGAUGGCACUGUAGGUUAAUCAGCUAUGGAGAGACAUCAAUUGAGUGGCAUUCUAACAGAGAUGACGCAAAAAGAUUACGGAAAAAAGGUUUGGUGAGUAAUAAACUUUACCAAAUGAAAAUCCAAUGUUCAUUCAGUGAAUUUGUUAUAUUGUACAGGCACCUCUGGGAUUCUAAGUUGGCAUUCUUCACCCAUUCAAUCCUGUGCCACAGACAGAGAGCUCCUGGGCCAAAGUUGGAAGUCUUUAAAUCAUGGACUUCUGGCUUUUUAUGCAGGCUCAGAAAUUUGAAGCAAUUCAAAGUGGAUCUACUGCAAAUUAUAGUAGUUGCUGUAAAAUAAUUAUAUCUACGUGUCGUAACUGUUCAUCAGUAGGAUGCCUAAAUUGUGUGCAAUUCCACAAUUGGUUUUGGCUCCAUUAAAUCCUAUACCAAUUGCAGAACAUUUUAGGAGGAGCCACCCACAAUGUGAGCACAGUCAUGGACAACACACAUAAGUGAGGAAAAUAACGCAAAGUAAAAUUAAGAUGUUAUUUAACGAACUAAAUGCACAAACGUCAUUUAAAAAAAUAAAUAAUGCACGCGCACAAAAUGAAAUUGUACAUGCACACUUACCAAGAUACAACUGAAGAACAAAUCUAAGUAAUAAAAUAAGUAAUGUAAGGAUCAAUACAAUGGUGCAAUUCAAGCCUGGAUUGCUAAUUUCAUCUGCCACAGGGCUGCAUCAUACUUCUCGACAGUUAUCGGUUACCAAUGGUUACAAAUAAUCUUAGGAAAUUGCUGUGACACCUGCACAUUAUCUUGCUCCCAGGAGUGAUCUCAUCUUUUGUCUAGCCUGAGAUAACAGCAGUCACUUGGCAAUGCCACCACUGGUUUCCCUGCGAAACGACAUCUGAGAAACAAGUGCAGAAAUUCCUUGCUGAUGAUGCAUCUGACUACCCAGAUCUGGGUAGUGCCUCUGAUUAGUUGAUAAUUUGCUUCAUCUAAACACCAGGGCCGGGUUGUUCGAAGGUGGGUUAAGGUAACCCAGGGUUAGUGCGAAAUUUGAACUCAGAUAUAAGCGCUUAAAAAAACAAAUUCAGUUUAAUUCUCUUUGUCUACAAUUUCAUGAUUGGAUACUCUAAAAAAAAUAUAGAAAAUUAUCCGAGUGAGUGUUUUUGAUGAAAAGAAAAAGAAGCCCCGGUUAAAAAUUAACCCUGGGUUAGCGCUAACUGGCGUUCGAACAACUGGGCCCAGUACCGUACUACUCAGAUCUGGGUAGUGAUACAUCGUCCUCAGUACAGAAUUCUUCACUUGUCUCUCAGACAUCAUUUCGAAGGGAAACCAGCGGUGUUGUCAUGAAAUGUCAGCUGUUUUCUCUGGCUAACUGUUGGUCUGACUACAAAAUAAUAGCGUAUCUCUGCCUGGAUAAGUAUGAUUUCUGUAAAACAUCUGUAAAUACUAUAUUUUUUGCUUGGAAUGUAGCUGCCGUCCUUAUUAUCAGGAUGUGUGCAAUGUGAGCCGACUUGAUUGUACACUAACCAUCUUAAUAUUUAAUAAAUAUCAAUUUAUUUAUUAUCAAAAUAUAUUUUUCUUUUGAUCUCAGAUUUUUAGCAAUCCCUAUAAUUUUGGGGUUUGGAAUAACUGGAAAAUGCUUUUAGGACUUGUGAAUGGAAGGUAAGUUUAAACCUUUGGGUAUGCAAUGUAACUGAAAAAUAAUUGAAAUAAAUUAUUAUUUUACAGUACCUAGUUAUGAUGUUAUGGUUAACUACGUAACCUCAUAUAGCCAGUGACACUUGUAACCUUCAGCUCAGAUGUUUUAGGUCAAAUAAGUGAUUGAUAAUCAGAUUUUAGAUUAAUUUACAGACACUGCCGAUCUUUACAUAAUAAUUAUGUAAGGAUCGGCAAUGUCCAUAAAUACAAUCUAAAAUCUGAUUAUCAAUCACUAAUUAUUUAUUAUUAUAUUUUUUUUCUAGGUCUUGGUUAUGUAUUCUACUACCUUCCACACACCCUCCUUAUGGGGAUGGAAUCUCAUGGCACCCAUUACCAAACGAUUUGAAAAAAUCCAGACAAGGAAAACUACACAUAGUUUAA